AUGGCUAGCAUCGCAGACUCCGACUCGACGGCCGUCAUGUCCGAGAGAGGCGCCAUUGAGUGGGAGCGCGUACGAGGGAUCCGCGACAGCACGCGUGCCUUCCUGGAAGCCGAGUCGCCGUACAUCGCCAUGCCCGCGGUAGCCCAAAUCCUCCAGAUUGGAUCACGCACCUUGAUCGUCCGGGUGCGGUGGGAAUGGGCGCUCCGCGAUCCCACUCGAGAGGAAGUCGGUGGCAUGGUCAGCACGCUGUGUGGACAGUUCGCCCAGCUGCGGGCCCAGCGCCCCACGGCGGAACCCUUCCACGGCUUCAUCCAGAUCGGGCCCGUCGUCGUCCUCUACGCGGAGGUGCGGUUCAUCCCCGCCGCCCCGUGUCAGGGAGCGCUCUGUAUGCCCGGGGAGACGCUCUCGGGCCUGACCCGGAGCUACCAUAUCGAGGACGAUAGCCCUAUCCUGCAGCACUGGCUCGAAAAUGAGGUAACGCGCAGCUCCCCGAGCCUUCAGGAGAUGGCGGCUUGGGGAAUACCUGAUUAUGGACAGGUCUUCAGGAUCAGGUAA